UAAAAUCUAAUUGGUGUGUUGCGAGAUGGUUUUACUGAAUGAAAUUACGCGCAGCGCAGAGCGUUCGGCAUGUGGGGUUCGAGCAUUCAUCAACGCCGCGGCACAAAUCAAUGUUGUGCAUCUGAGCAGCAGAUCUGGAGAUUCAGAGAUGACGAAAAGCAGACGAUCUCCGAUUUCUGCACAUUGAUCGAUAACGAACAUGAAUCCUGCGCGUUUAUCUCAAUCUGUUCUGUAGAAAAACGCGACUUUUAACUGACAGGGCGAGAACACGGCACUGAUUAUUGAAAUUAAACCAAGCGCAGUUAAUUCCAUUAGAAAACACGAAUCUGUUUUGAACGCAUAUCUACAAAGUUAAUUCAAAGUUUAAUGCGAUUGGAUAUAAUGAGAGACCUCUGUAAAUAAAUUAGCAGCAGGAUCUUUCAGCCCCAAUAAAUGCGCAUUUCGGAAAUUGGUCUGAUGACAUUAUUGAACAACACGACAAGGCUUCAGUUCAGUUUUUUCUAAAUGUCAGCCAAUAGAUGGAGAUAAUGACGGGCCCAUGCAGUCGACCAAUGAAAACUUGUGCUGAAGAGUUUGGCACGCGCCGCGGAGCGAAACACUCGACAGUUUGACGCGCGGCGCAUCGGUGGCGAGACCUGAAGAGUUCAACCGAAACGGGAAACACGGGAAUCAACCAUGGACAAGGCUAAAACUAAAUUAAAACUAUCCUUCCCGCACUUAAGGUGAUUUUGUUCGCUUUUAAUCCGACAUAAUCUGGGAAUCAUGGAGCGCGAGGAGUCAAAACCGCCGUCUAAAGCUCACCAGGAACCCAUACGAUUUGGGAUCGACCAGAUUUUAGGCUCUGCGGAACCGGAGAGCAGCCGAUUAGGAAGUCCAAACAUUGCUCCUCAUGUCCCCCUGCCCGGGGUUUCGCUGGAGGAGUCCGGCCGAGUGUUCGGGGUGAGCAGCGCGCUGCUGCCCGGCGGAGUGAUUCGGGUCCCAGCGCACAGACCGCUCGCUCCCGCCAUGAUGAGCGCGGCCCCGGCGCUGUGCUUCCCCUGGAUGGACAAUAACCGCAGGUUCCCCAAAGACAGGCUGCCAGCUCUCAUUCCGUUCACCGUGACCCGGCGGAUCGGUCACCCGUACCAGAACCGAACUCCGCCCAAACGGAAAAAGCCUCGCACGUCGUUCUCGCGGGUGCAGAUCUGCGAGCUUGAGAAGCGCUUUCACCGGCAGAAAUACCUGGCCAGUGCGGAGCGCGCGGCCCUCGCUAAGAGCCUGAAGAUGACGGACGCGCAGGUCAAAACCUGGUUCCAGAACCGCAGGACCAAGUGGAGAAGGCAGACGGCUGAGGAACGUGAGGCUGGGCGUCAGCAAGCCAAUCGGAUGCUGCUUCAGCUGCAGGCCGACGCCCUCCAGAAGUCCAUCAGCGAAUCAGUGUCGUCAGAUCCUCUGUGUUUGCAUAACUCCUCCCUCUACGCCCUGCAGAACCUCCAGCCCUGGGCUCAGGAGAGAACCGCAAAAAUGAGCAGCGCCUGAAACACUGCUGGAGCCAAAAACCCAUCAGCUUCACACGCACUGCCCUGAAAACUGACAACAAAAAGACUGGAUAUGAUUAUUCAUUUUGUAAGGAGCACCUUUUGUGGAAACAACACCAAACACAUUCCCCUUUUUUUAAAUCCAGUGGGAAACAAUCACAGCCAGAAGAUCUGUAAAUACAGUCCAGGGGUCUGAUGUUUAUUAUUAUUAUUAUUUUAAUUUACGUAGAAACCUUAAAAGUGAACAUACAGCAGAAUACAUGUUAAUUUAUUUAUUACUGGCAAUGAUAUGUUAAAGGCAAAAUUUGGGUUUGUGGGGGAAACCAGAACACUCAGAGGAAACCCACACCAACAAGGGGAG